CAGCGCUUCUGGGGGAGGGACGAAGCCUGAAAAGUGAGGUCUCCGCCAUAGCACUCGGCCCCCCGCGGCGCGUCCUGCUCCCUCCCUCGGCCGCAGCGGGGCUGGGGGGCCAUGGCUCCGCGCAGCGCGGACGCGUGGGCCCGGGUGCUGGCGGCGCUGAGGGCCAGCCCGGCCGCCUUCGUGGCCAGGGCCGGGGCAGAGGGUCUGGCCGCCGAGUUGCUGAGCGAGCUGCGCAGCGAGAGGCAGAGCGAGCCCACCAAGGGCUCUCUGCUGUCUGUGAUCAUGGAGUUCCCCACGCAGCUGUGGCCCGACCCCACCGCAGCCGAGGCAGCCGUCUCUGCACUGCUGGACACACUGGCCCUCCUGCCCCCGCGGCCCGCGGCCCUGCGUCGGCCCCUGCUGCUGGCCGCCACUAGCGUCCUGGCGGCCUGUGGGGCCCUGGCUCCGGCCUCGGCAGCCACAUCCCGCCUGCUGCCCGUGUUGUUGCGGGCAGCCUCAGGCCGGGCCACGGGUCAGGAGCAGCGAGCCCUGCAGGCCACUGCGUGUGAGUGCCUUCGGGAGCUGGAGAGCUGUCGCCCCGGGCUGCUGGCCGGCCAGCUGGGGCUGCUGCGGGCUCUGCAGGACAGCCGGGCUACCCAAGCCCACUGCCUGCUCUUUGUGAUUACUCUGCGAAAUGCCCUCAGAGCCCUGGCCCAAGUGGGCCCUGGGGCCCCAGCGGGGCUGCACGGGCUGCUGGUGGCCAGAACCGACAGACCCCAGGGUGGAGAGAUCCAGGCCUGGGACUGGAGCCUGGAAGCACCAGGAGCCCAGUGGCCUGGGCUGUGGGACUGGACCCUGGCCGGAGAGGACAUCUGGGAUCCAGCAGUGCCUUUAGGCCAGGAAGGGGACUGGGCAGAGCCCGGCCCGGCCCCCCUGGAUCUCCCCCCGCCUGAGGCCCGGGAGCUGCGGGCUGCCGUAUCCCAGCUGCUGGACUUGUCCUACCUGCUGACCCCGCCAGCCCAGGCCCAGAUGCUGCAGCAGCUGAGCCAGGUGCUGAGGGCCGUUCGUGGUCAGCCCCCUGCCCUCCUGAAGCCGCAGCUGGUGCGGCUGCUGGGCACGGCCAGGGUCUCCCUGCUGCAUGCCGUGCUGGCCGCAAAGGACACUUUCGGGGAGGCCCUCUUCACGGCCCAGGACGAAGCUCUGCUGCUCCGGAGGCUGGUGGGUGCUGCCCAGCACCCAGCCCUGCCGUCCCCUGCCCGCCUCUUCUACCUCCAUUGCCUCUUGCACUUCCCUGAGAACUGGCCCUUGGGGCCUGCAGGGGAGGAAGGCACCCCAGUUCUGCUCACCCCCAGCCUGGCCACAGGUCUUCUGCCCAGUCUGCUGCAGGACCCCCCUGAUCUCCUAGCCCGGCUACAUCUUCUGUGUCUCCUGUGUGGGGAGGAGCUCAGUGCUGAUGGGAGCAGGGACUGCCAGGGCACAGAGGAUCGGGCCCUGGGUUACCUCCAGAGGCUGCUGGCCAGCCUGAGGCAGGGGGCAGCUCAGCCAGGGGCCCCCCGGAGUUCAGUCACCCUCUGUUUCCGGGCCUCCUACCUGGCUACUCGCUGCUUAGCCAGCCACCCAGGGGCCCUGGCUCAGCUCACAAAGGGCCUGGCAGAACUGUACCAAGCCCGGCCCUGCCUGGCCCCCCAUUUUGUUGACCUUCUAGAGCAGGCCAGAGAGGUGCUGGCAGAGCCCCUGGGCAAGGCCCUGCAGCAGGUGGCAGUGGCUGGUGCUGGUGGGGCCCAAGCCCUUCAGUGGCACUUACAGAUUCUUACCAAGGUGGCUGGGGCUCAACCCUUGGGCCCCACACUGGGCUUCCUGUGGGCAGCCCUAGGCCAGGGUGGGGACUGGGCCUGGGAGCAGGCCCUCCUUGGGACCUGCCGGGCCCUCCUAAGGGGGACAGAGCUUAGUGGGGCUGGCCCCCGGGACCUGGCCAAUCUGCUGCAGGAGCUGGCCCGGGGCCUGGAUGACCCUGACAGCCGAGAUCGGGGCCGUCUCUAUUACAGCCUGUUUACCCACCUGUCGGGGCCUAAGCUGGGCUCAGCCUUGGGCCCCACGCGCUCCACACCCAUGCUGGGCUCUUCCCUGGUGGAGGAGAAUGAGGGCUUUGCCUCAGCUCUGACUGUCCAGGAGGCCCAGGCCCCACUGCAGCUGAGGCGGGUUUCUCGGCAGGCCAAGGAGCCCCCCGUGAUCCUGGGCCUCACUGUGGAAGCCUCUGAGACCCUCUACUCACUGGAGCUACGCUUCCGCAUCCUGGGGCCAUACUAUGAGCCACUAAAGGCCGUGCAGGUCCCCUGCCUUCGCCCUGGUGCGUCCCCCAAGCUGCUGCUCCUUCCCCUGGAGCCCCGGCGUCCCUACCCGGCUCUCCUGGACAUCAGCGUCCUCUAUGCCACCCCCAGUGGCCUCACCUGCUAUGCACAGCUGCCCAGCCUUCCCAUUGCUUUUGCUGAUCUCUUUUUGCCUUUGCCGCCAUCUUCUCCACAGGUGACCCACCCUCAGACCUUCCACGAGCUCUGGGCCUCCUGCCUUCCUGGGGGAGCAGAGAGUUGCAUGUGGGGCCCCUGGUGGGGCCAGGCACUAGAGACUCUGGUGACCAAGCAUUGGGAGCCUUUUGUCAUGUCUGCCACCCCCCCCACCAGUUACCAGGUGGCCAUCCGGCUCCCCCCUAGCUCUCAGCUGCUGCUGCAACUGGAGGCUGCUGGGGAGGAUGGGGUGAGGGUGGCCCUAAGAACAGAUGAUUGGGCCAUACUGCCUCUGGCUGGGGAAUAUCUCCGAGGCUUGGGGGCUACUCUCUGAGGAGGGAGGGUGAUCCUUGCU